AUGUCCAAGAAAAUGGGAAAGCAGUUACCCGAAGAACUGAAGUUCGUUUGGGGUAAAGAUAAAUGCGAAAUGACAAGUUCCUUCCUUAAGGAUAAUCCACAAAAACCAGUCAUGUUUAAGAAAUUGGAGAAGGUUUGGCGAGAAUUUGAAUUGUAUGACACCACGAACACAGUCUUAGUCGAUGACUCGCCUUACAAAUCAAUUCUUAACCCACCCCACAAUGCCAUAUUCCCCAAAACCUACGAUGGAUCAGUUCAUGACAAUUAUUUGGAUCUUAAAGGGGAAUUUGUAAACUAUUUGACAAAAUUAGCUGAUGCCGAUGAUGCUCAAAGCUAUAUCAGACAAAAUCAUAUUGGCUAUGAAAACAUAAAACAGGGCAGCGAGGAGUGGAACUACUACACUGCUAUCGCUUUCGUUUAG